CCCGCGCCCGCGCCGAGGCCCCGCCGCCCCGUCGGCGCUCGCAGCUGCAGCUGCAGCGGCGGCUCCCGCGCGCCCCCGCGGCCCCGAGCCUGGGCAACGCCAGCCGCAGGCCGGGCUGCGCCGCGGGGCAGGGCUUCGCGGUCCCGGGGGGCCGAUUCCCAACUUGCGGGGGACCGCGGCUCUCCCGGGCCUGCAGAGUGUGAACAGGGAUUGCAGAUUUACAAGGAUAUGGUGAAUCCUAAGGCUGGAAGCAAAAAGAUUUUCUCAACUUUUUAGUUUGAACGACAGUGAAUUAUUUACUGACACCCGGCAUGGCUAAAAGUGCAGAGGUCAAACUGGCAAUAUUUGGGAGAGCAGGUGUGGGCAAGUCAGCUCUUGUAGUGAGAUUCCUGACCAAACGCUUCAUCUGGGAAUAUGAUCCCACUCUUGAAUCCACCUAUCGACACCAAGCAACCAUCGAUGAUGAAGUUGUCACCAUGGAGAUACUAGAUACUGCUGGUCAGGAAGAUACCAUUCAGAGGGAAGGACACAUGCGAUGGGGGGAAGGCUUUGUGCUGGUCUAUGACAUUACUGACCGAGGAAGUUUUGAGGAAGUUCUCCCACUUAAGAACAUCCUGGAUGAGAUCAAAAAGCCUAAGAAUGUGACUCUUAUCUUGGUUGGAAACAAAGCUGAUUUGGACCACUCCAGACAGGUUAGUACAGAAGAAGGGGAGAAGCUGGCCACCGAAUUGGCAUGUGCUUUUUAUGAGUGUUCUGCUUGCACUGGAGAAGGAAACAUCACGGAGAUAUUCUAUGAGCUGUGUCGAGAGGUGCGUCGCAGGAGGAUGGUCCAGGGCAAGACAAGGCGACGAAGCUCCACCACACAUGUCAAGCAAGCCAUUAACAAGAUGCUCACCAAAAUCAGUAGUUAGGUGGCUCUGUUCUUGAAAAGACCCUACUGAAGUGGGUCAGGUAAUUAGAAACACUUUCUUGCCCAUUUUCCCCCCUUCUUCGUCUCAAAAUAAAAGAAAAUACUCCAUUCCUUGUUCUGACAUUGAGAAAUGUCUGGACUUCCCAUUGUUCCCAGGUCUUCCAUAUGUUGAGAAGUUAUAGGGUGUUUUAUGCGAUUUUAGUGCUGACAAUUUCUCCCUUUCCUGCUUGAAUAAGAUCCACUCUAUUGCUGUUUGAACCUGUAAUCACCAGAGAUUAUGAAAUGGCUGGGUUCAUAUUAAGCUAUUUUUAGGCAUCCUCACCUUGCUUCAAUAGGUUGAAGGCUUUUCAAAGGCAUUUUGAAAUUCCAUUCCUUGUCAAAGACUGCAAAUGAUCAUCUUAAAAGUGUAAGAUAAUAGAAAAUACAAUAAAAGCCCAGGAAGAAAGCUGAGAAACUGGAGCAGGGAGUAGAACCCUAGUUUCUAUUUGAAAUGAGAAUUUUCUUACUUGUCUUAAAUUAUCUAGUUUUUCUUUUAGCCCUUAUUCUGCUCUUAAAUUCAAACCUGUUGUCACAAAGUUUUCCACUGUAGUAGAGUUCCAUUUCAUUUUGAGUGGGUUCUCUCAAUGAGCUCUUGAUCACUGUACUCUGAUUCUUCUGUCGCUUCAGUAAGAUUUCAUCAUAAGAGAGGCAGCAGGAUCCUUCAAUUCAGAUCCUGCUGGGCUAUUUCUCACCAAGCCCAGGGCAAUGUAAAGACAUUAAAGGCUUUUUUCACCAAACCCUGAUUUUUAUUGAAUGCUAAAAGAGGAUUUAGAAUUAGAGGUGUCUGAUUCAUUUAUCUCUCCACUUAUCAUCUUAGCAGAAAGACAACGGUCCAAAACACAGGAAAAUUAAGAAUGAAGCUAAACUACCCUUCCAUUGGGGAGCCAACGAUUUAAUGCUAGGCACAGUAAGAAAAAUUAGCUUCUGAUUCAUUAAAUUGGCUAUAUGACUUCUAAUAUUUUGGAUAAAUUAAUUCACUCAGAAUUCAGAAAAGAAUGAGUAAUUAAAGUUCACUAUACCUGGAUAAAUGUGUGUAAAUUAUACACACAUUUAUAUUGUGUGUAUAAUCCUUAUAUUGAUCCUUAUAUUGUGAAAGUACAGUCUAUAACUGGUUUCUUUAUGAUUUUUUUCCCUAUUAUGCCCCCACAUAUCAAGAUUUGGGCACUUUAUUUUAGAAGAAAAUAUAUAUCUUUUACAUAUGUGUGUAUUUAUAAAUGCAUAGAUAUAUGUAUAAAAAUUUGUAAGAGCGGGAGGCUUUAAUUCACCAGUGCAUUUGGACAACUUGGUGUAACUAUUUUAUGUGAUCCAAUAAAAAGCAUAAUUUUCA